AAGGGUUGUUAAUAUCAGGAAUAACAUUAAACAGGAACAGUAAAGUACAAAACUUUUUCCUUUCUUUAUGAGAUUCAGCGCAAAUGAUCUCAGUUCUCAGAAGAAUUUCAGCAUCGGCGUCAGCAUCUCCAUUCUUGAAGCUCAUGAACAACUCACCACCUCCUCCUCCUCCUUCGCAGAGGCUCGUGGGCUUGGCUCAGCAACUCCGGCUCUACAAGCCACCGCCCAGUUUCGACGACGCCGAGGAACAGCGGAUCGAAGAAGCCGCCGGCAAAGUCGUGUCGCAAGUGGGCUUUCCGGAGUCGGCGACCCCGAUCGCUCGCGACCCCGAAAGGUUCACACCCAAGAGAGCCGCGGUCUUGAUCUGCCUCUUUGAAGGCGAUGAUGGGGAGUUGCGGGUCAUCCUCACCAAGAGGUCCUCCAGAUUGUCCACUCACUCUGGUGAAGUAUCGUUGCCAGGUGGGAAAGCAGAGGAGGGCGAUAAGGACGAUGGAGAUACGGCGACAAGGGAAGCCAAGGAGGAAAUCGGGUUGGAUCCUUCCCUCGUCAAUGUGGUAACUAUACUCGAGCCGUUCUUGUCCAAGCAUCUUUUGAGAGUAAUGCCAGUCAUAGGCAUACUUACAGACAAAAAAUCAUUUAAGCCCAUCCCAAAUCCUGCGGAAGUGGAAGCGGUGUUUGAUGCUCCGUUGGAGAUGUUCAUCAAGGAUGAAAAUCGAAGAGAUGAAGAGAGAGAGUGGUUGGGUAAUAAAUAUCUCAUUCAUUUCUUCGACUAUGAGGCGGGGAAAAAGACGUACCUGAUAUGGGGAUUAACAGCAGGGAUUUUAAUAAGGGCCGCAUCAGUGGUAUACCAGCGGCCACCUGCUUUUUUGGAGCAGAAUCCUAAGUUUACGUUUCCUAGUAUGGUAAAUGAAGAUACUGUAAUGCCUUAAAUCUGGCAAAACUGUUGACAAUACAUAUUCAAUAAAAGCAAGAAUCUAUUACUGCUGGAUAGAACAUGCUGAAGACGAGUGCUUAGAUGUACUCUGCAAUUGUAAAGCAUUGCAAACUUGUAACUUAGUCCAUCUGCUUGAUGCUUUUAGUGAAGAUGUUGACCAGUUUUUGCAAAGAAGAAGAUAAAUUUCAAGUAAAGACGCACCGUGUAUGAUUAGUAUCAGACAAAUAUCUCGGAGAUGAUUCAUUGACUUCUCUCAGGUCGGGGAAAUGAUCUAAUGUUUGCCGACCUUUUCUAUUCUGCUCGAGCUUUCCAGGUAAGAACCCGCUUUCUGUUAGCCGUGGAUUAAUCAUGUAACAGAGUUUGAUGCUUACCUCCACUUGCAGAAUUAAAUGGCGGAUCAUUAUUUUGUCAUCGAUUCAUGAAAACCCUGCUCGCCUUGCUUAGUUUCCCUCGUUUGUUUAUUCCUCCUUUCUGAUUAUGAAGUCCAUUUGCUGUUUUUGAUAUGCUGGGUAGUUUCUCAUCGUAGAGGGGCGAAUUGAGAGAGAUUUAGUUUCACCUGUCGUUAGACAUUCGUCGUUCAAGUAAGGUCCUCUGCAAUUUUCACUCCAUAGGUUGUGCACUUUGAUGUUGAGUUGUUAGUGCUCAUAAAGGCAAGAAAGUAGCGGGUGCAUUACUGCUUAA